CCGUGCGCUCGUUUCUGGGGUCCUGGCGCCAUUUCUAGCGGUUCCGAGUCUCCCGAGUUGUAUUCCGCCGGCACAAUGAGCUAUGACUACCAUCAGAAUUGGAGCCGCGACGGCGGUCCCCGGAGCUCCGGCGGGGGCUUCGGCGGGGGCCGGGGAGGGGGACACGGCGGGAGCCGAGGCUCCGGCGGCGGUCGCGGAGGUCGGGGCCGGCACCCGGGGCACCUGAAAGGCCGCGAGAUCGGACUAUGGUACGCCAAGAAGCAGGGGCAGAAGAACAAGGAGGCCGAGAGGCAGGAGAGAGCUGUAGUGCACAUGGACGAACGUCGAGAGGAACAAAUUGUGCAGCUGCUGAAUUCUGUUCAAGCUAAGAAUGAUAAAGAUUCAGAAGCUCAGAUAUCCUGGUUUGCGCCUGAAGAUCAUGGAUAUGGUACUGAAGUUUCGGCUGAGAACAGGCCAAGCUUAGAGAAGAAACUUGAGGACCAGGAAAAAAAAUUGAUAAACCAAGGAAAAAGGAUGUUUAGGGCCAGGGAUAAAUCAUACACAGACCGAGAUUCUGAGUAUCUUUUGCAAGAAAAUGAACCAGAUGUAAUCUUAGACAAAGAACUAUUAGAAGAUUUACAGAAGAAAAGAACUGACCCUCGUUACAUCGAAAUGCAGCGUUUUCGGGAAAAGCUACCUUCAUAUGGAAUGCAAAAGGAAUUGGUAAAUUUGAUCGCUAACCAUCAGGUAACAGUGAUAAGUGGUGAAACUGGCUGUGGAAAAACCACACAGGUUACUCAGUUUAUUUUGGAUAACUACAUUGAAAGAGGAAAAGGAUCUGCGUGCAGAAUUGUUUGUACUCAGCCGAGAAGAAUCAGUGCUAUUUCAGUUGCGGAGCGAGUAGCUGCAGAAAGGGCAGAGUCUUGUGGGAAUGGGAAUAGUACUGGAUACCAAAUUCGUCUCCAGAGUCGCUUGCCGAGGAAACAGGGUUCCAUCUUAUAUUGUACAACAGGAAUCAUCCUUCAGUGGCUCCAGUCAGACCCGCAUUUAACCAGUGUCAGUCACAUUGUCCUUGAUGAAAUCCAUGAAAGAAAUCUACAGUCAGACGUUCUAAUGACUGUCAUUAGAGACCUUCUCAGUUCUCGGCCAGAACUGAAAGUUAUAUUGAUGAGUGCCACAUUGAAUGCUGAGAAAUUUUCAGAGUAUUUUGGUAACUGUCCAAUGAUACAUAUACCUGGCUUUACUUUUCCGGUUGUGGAAUAUCUUUUGGAAGAUGUAAUUGAGAAAAUACGGUAUGUUCCAGAUCAGAAAGAACAUAGAUCCCAGUUUAAGAGAGGUUUCAUGCAAGGGCAUGUAAACAGACAAGAAAAAGAAGAAAAAGAAGCAAUCUAUAAAGAACGGUGGCCUGAUUACGUAAGGGAUCUUCGGAGAAGGUAUUCUGCAAGUACUGUAGAUGUUUUAGAAAUGAUGGAUGAUGAUAAAGUUGAUCUGAAUCUCAUUGCUGCCCUUAUCCGAUACAUUGUUUUGGAAGAAGAGGAUGGUGCAAUAUUGGUGUUUCUGCCAGGCUGGGACAAUAUCAGCAAUUUACAUGAUCUCUUGAUGUCACAAGUGAUGUUUAAAUCAGAUAAAUUUCUUAUUAUACCUUUGCAUUCACUGAUGCCUACAGUGAACCAGACACAGGUAUUUAAAAAAACCCCUCCUGGUGUUCGGAAAAUAGUUAUUGCUACCAACAUUGCAGAAACUAGCAUUACCAUAGAUGAUGUGGUGUAUGUGAUAGAUGGAGGAAAAAUAAAAGAGACGCAUUUUGACACUCAGAAUAACAUCAGUACCAUGUCUGCAGAGUGGGUCAGCAAAGCCAAUGCCAAACAAAGAAAAGGCCGGGCUGGAAGAGUUCAACCUGGUCAUUGCUAUCAUCUCUACAAUGGUCUUAGAGCAAGCCUUCUAGAUGACUAUCAGUUGCCAGAAAUUCUCCGAACUCCUUUGGAAGAGCUGUGUUUACAAAUAAAGAUUUUAAGACUGGGUGGAAUUGCUUAUUUUCUAAGUCGAUUAAUGGAUCCACCAUCAAAUGAGGCGGUAUUGCUCUCCAUUAAACACCUAAUGGAACUGAAUGCGCUGGAUAAACAGGAAGAAUUGACCCCUCUUGGAGUCCACUUAGCACGGUUGCCAGUCGAGCCACACAUUGGAAAAAUGAUUCUAUUUGGUGCUCUGUUUUGUUGUUUAGACCCUGUUCUCACUAUUGCUGCUAGUCUCAGCUUCAAAGAUCCCUUUGUCAUUCCAUUGGGAAAAGAAAAAAUUGCAGAUGCAAGAAGAAAGGAAUUGGCAAAGGAUUCUAGAAGUGACCAUCUGACAGUUGUGAAUGCAUUUGAGGGCUGGGAAGAAGCUAGGCGACGUGGUUUCAGAUACGAAAAAGACUAUUGCUGGGAGUAUUUUCUGUCUUCAAACACGCUUCAGAUGCUGCAUAACAUGAAAGGGCAGUUUGCUGAGCAUCUUCUUGGAGCUGGAUUUGUAAGCAGUAAAAGUCCUAAAGAUCCAAAAUCUAAUAUAAACUCAGAUAAUGAGAAGAUAAUUAAAGCUGUUAUCUGUGCUGGUUUAUACCCUAAAGUUGCUAAAAUCCGACCAAAUUUGGGUAAAAAAAGAAAAAUGGUGAAAGUGUACACAAAAUCUGAUGGAUUAGUUGCCAUUCAUCCUAAAUCUGUGAACGUGGAACAGACAGACUUCCACUACAAGUGGCUUAUCUACCACCUGAAGAUGAGAACAAGUAGUAUCUACUUAUAUGAUUGUACAGAGGUUUCCCCAUACUGUCUCUUAUUCUUUGGAGGUGAUAUUUCCAUCCAGAAGGAUAAUGAUCAAGAAACUAUUGCUGUAGAUGAAUGGAUUAUCUUUCAGUCUCCAGCCAGAAUUGCCCAUCUCGUUAAGGAAUUAAGGAAGGAACUAGAUGUUCUUCUGCAAGAGAAGAUCGAGACUCCUCAUCCCGUAGACUGGAACGACACUAAAUCCAGAGACUGUGCAGUGCUCUCUGCUAUUUUAGACUUGAUCAAAACUCAGGAAAAGGAAGCGCCCAGGAACCUUCCGUCACGCUUCCAGGAUUACAGCUGA